AUGGCGAUGCGAGAGGUGUUUUAGUUUGCUGAUGCAUGCUGGGAAGUCUGGUCCCAACCCUUGGCAACAGAAACAUCAACAUCCAGCUAGCUGAAUUAAAUAUGAUAUCUUCGUGAAAUUGGCAUCUCCGGAGUAGUUUAAAGGGAUUUGAAUUACCAGGUGGCAACUCUUGUUUUUAAUGUAAAAAGCAGAAUGCAAGCGGACGACGCGAGAUAUUUGAAAAGUGACAAUCAUAUAUUUAACAGGAAAGUGAAGGGCGGUAGCUUGGAUGUCCACCCUACAGAGAAAGCUCUCGUCGUCCAAUAUGAGGUGGAAGCGACAAUUUUGGGAGAGAUGGGGGAUCCAGUGCUGGGGGACCGCAAGGAGUGCCAGAAAAUUAUCCGCCUCAAAAGCCUGAAUGCCAACACGGACACAGCAUCUCUGGCCAGGAAAGUGGUGGAGGAGUGCAGACUCAUCCACCCGUCCAGGGUUAAUGAGGUGGAACACUUGCUGAAGUACCUCCAGACCCGCAAGAAGGCCGGUUCUCUUGACAAGCGGGAAAAAACACCCAUUAAGCCAAGGGACCUUGCCCCUUUUGAUGGCAUGGAGCUGGAUGAGGAGGCCAACAUUAACAGCAUAGAUGACUAUGUGGAGCUGCUGUAUGAGGACAUUCCAGAGAAGAUCCGUGGCGCCACUCUCAUCCUGCACCUUGCCCGUAACCCUGACAACCUGGAGGAGCUGCUGCAGAACGAGACGGCCUUAGGAGCUCUUGCCAGAGUGCUAAGGGAGGAUUGGAAGCAGAGCGUUGACUUGGCAACCACCAUCAUCUACGUUUUCUUCUGUUUCUCUAGUUUCUCCCAGUUCCAUGGCCUCAUCACGCACUACAAGAUCGGCGCUCUGUGCAUGAACAUCGUGGAGCAUGAGCUCAAGCGCUAUGACCUGUGGCAGGAUGAGCUGCAGAAGAAGCAGAAGGCCUGUGAUGAUGAGCCUGACAACCAGAAUGUGAAGAAGGAGUAUGAGAAGGCCUUGAAGAAGUACCAGGGCCUGCUGCUCAAACAGGAGCAGCUGCUGCGAGUGGCCCUGUACCUGCUGCUAAACCUGUCUGAGGACACGCGCACGGAGCUGAAGAUGCGCAACAAGAACAUCGUGCAGCUGCUGGUGAAGACCCUGGAGCGGGACAGCCAGGACCUGCUGGUGCUCGUGGUCUCCUUCCUCAAGAAGCUCAGCAUCUUCCUGGAGAACAAGAAUGACAUGGCUGAGAUCGACACGGUGGAGCGUCUGGCUAGGCUGGUGCCAUGUGACCAUGAGGACCUGCUGAAUGUCACGCUGCGUCUGCUGCUCAAUCUCUCCUUCGACACAGGCCUGCGCAGUCGCAUGGUGCAGGUUGGCUUGCUGCCUAAACUCACCGCCCUUCUCGGAGAUGAAGCUCAGCGGCAGCUGGCCAUGUGUAUUCUGUACCACAUCAGUGUGGAUGACCGCUUCAAGUCCAUGUUCGCUUAUACUGAUUGCAUUCCACAGGUGAUGAAAAUGGUGUUUGACUGUGGAGAGGAGCGUAUUGAGGCUGAGCUCAUCUCUUUCUGUAUCAACCUGGCUGCCAACAAGAGAAAUGCCCAGAUUAUCUGUGAAGGAAACGGUCUAAAAAUGCUGAUGAAGCGUGCACUUAAGCUGAAGGACACACUGCUGAUGAAGAUGAUCCGAAACAUCUCCCAGCACGACGGCCCCACCAAAAACCUCUUCAUUGACUAUGUGGGGGACCUGGCAGCUCAGAUUGGCCCUGAGGAGGAGGAGGAGUUUGUGAUCGAGUGUUUGGGCACGCUGGCCAACCUCGUCAUCCCCGACCUGGACUGGGAGCUGGUGCUCAAGGAGUACAACCUGGUGCCCUUCCUGACUGAGCGCCUCAAGCCUGGCUCAGCAGAGGACGACUUGAUCCUGGAGGUUGUGAUCAUGAUUGGCACCGUCUCCAUGGAUGACUCCUGUGCCGCCAUGCUGGCCAAGUCUGGCAUCAUCCCCGCCCUCAUCGAGCUGCUCAAUGCCCAACAGGAAGACGAUGAGUUUGUUUGUCAGAUUGUGUACGUGUUCUACCAGAUGGUGUUCCACCAGGCCACCAGAGACGUCAUCAUCAAGGAGACGCAGGCACCAGCGUAUCUCAUCGACCUCAUGCACGACAAGAACGCAGAGAUUCGCAAAGUGUGUGACAACACGCUGGACAUCAUCGCUGAGUACGAUGAGGAGUGGGGGAAGAAGAUCCAGACCGAAAAGUUCCGCUGGCACAACUCGCAGUGGCUGGAGAUGGUGGAGAACCGGCAGAUGGACGAGGCAGAGCCCUUCAUGUACGGAGACGACGGAGAACCCUUCCUGCACAACGGAGACAUCCUGGAGCGCCCAGACCUCUUCUACAGCGCCGAUGGUAUAAUCCCCACAGAUGGUACCAUCAGUCCAGAGUUCUACACAGAUUUCCAGAAUGGAGACAUGGUGGGGAGCUCUGUGACAGAGGGGUUUGUCCAAUCAGUUGGGACUCCGGUCCGACCCACCACGGCCUACGGUUUCCGCCCAGACGAGCAGUUCUACUACGGCUACGGAGCUUCUCGAUGAACACACAAACGCGCUUCUCGACAGCGCAAGAAGAUGCCAGUGCUGCAUCAUAGCAGAGUCAACAUACUAUUACCCAUUCUACUAUACCGCAGCUAAACAGCAAGCUAGUGAAGACACACACACACACACACACAGACACACACACACCUCAUUCCAUUAGCAUAUCUUUACUACAGCCUUUGUUGUUUAUACUGUACUUACAUUUCUGUGAUUCUCUAGUAAGUGUGUGAUCUGUGUGUGGGGUGUCAGCUUGUGGUAUGCUGCUGAGUACGUGUAUGUGUGUGUGUGUACGUCUCACUGAAUAUGGUCAGUUUGUUGCUAUUACUGUUCAUGACACUCUCAUAGGCAACUCUCAACUUUACUAUGUCUUAAUAUUGACUCUGAACCUGGUGUUUAAAUAAGUCUUAAUAUAUACUGUAGAUACUCUGCACAUCUUUGAUUGUAUUGUAUUGCUGACUGAGGAGGAGAUUGUGGGUGUGUAUGUGUGUGCUUUUUUGUGUGUGUGCUCACGAUUGUGUGUUGGGGUGUGUGUGUUGUGCUCAAACAGGGUUCUUGCGAAGCUGAGAUCAUAAACACAGACUUAAGGUUUUACAAGUUGUGCAAUAGGGUUCAUUACCUGCAUGAUGUGUCCAUACUUCCCUACCCAUAGCAUUAGAAAGACUGAAAGUGAAUUUAUUCUGGAACUUUAGUCUUAUAGCCACCAGAGGGCGCCAGUUUAGUAUUUAUUUUUUCCUGCUGUGGUUAUGCAUGAUGCUGAGUAGGUAUAGUUCAUGACUGUCUUAUUUCUCCAUACUAUAAGCAUACUUAGGCUAUAUGUAAGAACACACACAGAUGACUGACAUUAACUAAUUGCACAUGCACACACAUUCGUAGAAGCUGAUUAUUAACUUUCACACGCUUAUAAAUGUAAAGAGACACUCUCACUAGUAACUAACGCUAUACUGUGUAGGAAGAAAUGUGUGCACAUUAAAUACUGAAGGCCUCUUGACUGAGGCAUCAUUUGACUGUAAGCUGUCGUCCUGUGCCAGACAUUGCUCAAGAAGAGGAAGAGGAUUACCCUGUCAUAUUGCCUUUGUUGCUGGUUAACAAGACAUUGUGUUUGUAUAAAAAAUAACACGUUUCAUAUUUAUUUAUAGUUUUUUUUAUUCUUUAAAAAUAUGUUGGGGUUUUUUCUCACUCCUGUGGGAGCCUGAGGGUUGUAUCUUAACUUGUGAAUGUCAUCUGAAUCAGUUUUAUAUGAGAGACUGUCCUCUCAGUCUCUGUGGUGCACUGCAUACUGGAAAUAAACACUAAAUAUGACGAC